CGUUCGUCAUGGGUUUUUUUAUCGGAGAAAUAUUCGGAUCACCCGGGUUGCAUUAUCUCCAUUAUAUUAUAAAAACAGGUCAUCUCCAUUAUGCAUAAAAAUAUACAGAACAAGAUGGUCGUGAACUAAAAUGAAUUGGAAAGGAUUAAAAGUCAGUUUAACUCGAUUGUGCAUUUGAAUUUAAUUUCGAUUAUAUUUAUUUAGAUAUUUAGGUAAAUAAAAAUGAAUACCCAAGUUAAAGGAAAUUGUGUUAUUCACAUGAAACAAGAUUCUAUGGAGGAUUUAGAGCAUUUGUUCAGUACAGCUGCCAUGAAAGAUGGAGCAGGAGGACCAAGACCAAGUUUACCUUUCCGAAUGAGAAAUCUACCUGCUUCUUUUUUUCAACCACCACCAACAGCUAUCCAUCAUGGUAGAUCUCAAUCAGUACCAACAAAUAUUAGUCAAAUAACACAGGAUCAAAAUAUGCAACGACAAAAUGCAGCAGUGUUUCAAAAUGGCAUGCACCAAAGAAAACAAUCUUUAGAGGACUCUCUUUCUCCAGGAUGGGAAGCAAGAACUCCAAAUUCUGGACAAAUAUACCAUACCAACCAGAAUCCGUCAUGGCAAGAUCCACGAAAAGCUCAAUCCAUGACUAUGUUACCAUCAAGUCCGCAACCACUGCCUGAAGGUUGGGAACAGGCUGUUACUCCUGAAGGUGAGAUUUACUUCCUCAAUCACCGUACAAAGACUACAAGUUGGUUUGAUCCUCGCUUACCCAGACAAAAUCGAAGUUCCACCUCAACGCCGAUGAACCAUCAAAACCUUCGUUUCUUUCAAACUGAGAAGUUAACACGGCACCGUCAGAUGUUGGAACAAAGAGAGUUUAUGAUGCAACAGCCACGAAUGCCUGGGAAUGUAAAUAAUCCUCAACUUGACCCGCUCUUAAACAGCAACUCUAUGUUAAACAAUCUUGUACGUGAAAAAUUUGCCAGUCAGUCAAUGAAUCCCGGCGUUGGAAUUCAUGCCCGUGGCGGAUCUGUUGAUUCCGGUUUGGACGGAAUGGGUGCAUUUUUAACGCCUACUUCCUCAGAUCCAGAUGGGAUGGGAAGUAUGGAAGAUUGUGAUAUGGAAGGCAACCAAAAAAUUGGUAACAAUCGUUUUAAUGGCAAUAAAGAUGGCCUUCAAAAUCCGGAGCAGCUCCGGCUAACUCACAACAAUCGGUUACCAAAAUUUUUCGAUAGCAUGCAAGGUACCAAUGUUGAUCUUGGGAUUUUAGAAGGUGAAACAGAACUUGGUACAGGAUUGGAAGGAAUAAGUUCCGAAGUCCUUGGCGAUGUUGAUAUGUUAUUGUCGCCUGCAAAUAAAGAUGAUGGAUUUUUAACAUGGUUAUAAUAGCGUUAGGACUUGGUAUAUGUACAUAUGGAGUAUCUGUCUCACAGACCACAACAUUAGGUUGAGUGGAAGGCUGUGGCAGUGUCUUGCUGUAUAGAGCGGAUACAUCAGUUGGAAGAAGAAAAGGCAGGUGCCACAGAGUACAUCUCUACCGUGCCGAGGAAAUACAUAAGUGCUGCGACUCAACAGCUAUCAAAGCUCCAAGCAAUUUUAGUAAAGUUUAUUCAACAGGUGUUUCAUGAACAAUUAUCAACCUAGUUUGGUUAACAAGUUUAUACUAAUUUUUCUAAGUGUUUUAUACUAACAAUGCGUUGCUAUACGUCAUUUUUAUCCAUCUGGUUAAGAUCUGAGCAUUUCCACUUUGCUAUUAAAAAUGUAUUUUAGGAUAACCAUUAUUUUUUUACUAAUUUUUAUUAACCAUGUAGAUUUCAAUGACGUCAUAAUUUUGCUCAUUUUUUGCUCACUGUGUUGACAUCUUUUGGCUCAUGUCAUUUUAUUCAGAAAUAAAAUUGUUCUUUUGUAAUUAAUGUUUUUAUUAUUAUAAUAUUUUUUUUAAAUUAUAACGAAUUAUUUUUUUGCGUGUCUUUUUUGAUAGCGAAAUUUUUAAUGUUUUUUUACGCAGAAUUAUUUUUUUAUACCUGUUAUUUUUUAUAUUUUCUUUCUUGCAUGUUUUCAUCAAACAUUUAUAUUCUCACUAGACAAUACAGUCAUAAGGAAAACGAAGUACAACCCUAUAAAUUUUGUACUUAAAGUCUUUAUAUUUUUAUCUGACUAUCACUGUAGAGUGCUAUCUAAACAUUACUCCGACGAGCUAUACUCAACCCUUAGUUGAAUUAUACCAGCUGUUAAUGACCGUCAUUUACGAUGCUGUAUGUAGCGAAAGUAAACGUAUCCACUCCCGCACCUUUUAAAACAUGUCAAUAGAGUCUUCGCUUUUCAUUUGACGAGUUGUAAUACUCGCUGUGGUCCAUGUUUUUGUACAUCUUUUUACCGUUUAUAUACAAACCCGACUAACAAAGAAACGCAGACAAAUGAUUUUGUCCAAUAAAGUACUGCUGGAUUCAUAAUGCAAAUUGGGAUGGUAAAUACAAGGAAGGCGCUUAAUAUUUUUAUAAAUUUUUCCGCCCCUCCCGCCCUUGUUCGCUAUUUUUUGAUAUUAAGCAGCUUAGGUUAUAUCCAUUUAUAUUUUGCUACUUGUAUUUUUUAUUUAUUGUUUCAUUUCUACGCACUUUUUUCAAAAUGUAUAUAUAAUUACAAUACCAUUCUCUUAUAACUUGAUAUUUUAUAGGAAUCAGAUUAUUUUUGUUGGCUCUUCUAUGUAACGUGGUUACGUGUAAUUAAACUUGAAUUUCUUUUA